UCCCGACACUGAGCUGACUUCUGGAGUAAGCGGCAAAAGCUUACUAUCAUUCUGUCCAUUUUGCUCGCUAUCCACAUUCUUCCACAUUCCACACCACAUCCACUAGCCGGAGCUCCUCAGUUUCUCAGCCCUAAUGGCCACAUACCUACCAUCCACUGCCGUUCCUUCGCCAUUCCUCCGAUUCCCUGCGUCGCCUUUUAAGGGAAACUUUGGUCGCCUUAGACCCAGUGGUUCCUCUCUAUUUUCUUUCUCGAGAGCACAAGGUCAGUCUAUUUCAACCUCCUCGUCGGGGAAGCGUUUAAUCCGUUGCCAGGCUGCAUCUGUCGCUGUGCUGGAGACCACUUCAUCAACUUCGCCUGCUAGGUUUCGGCUGAACAAUCUGGGACCUCAGCCGGGAUCGAGGAAGAGGAACAAGAGGAAGGGACGGGGUAUCGCGGCUGGGCAGGGGAAUAGUUGUGGAUUUGGAAUGAGGGGGCAGAAGUCGAGGUCUGGUCCGGGGGUGCGGAAGGGUUUCGAGGGUGGGCAGAUGCCGCUCUACCGGAGGAUUCCUAAGCUCCGUGGAAUUGCUGGAGGCAUGCGUGCUGGAUUACCAAAAUUUGUUCCUGUUAACUUGAAAGACAUUGAAGCAGCUGGUUUCAAGGAGGAUGAUGAAGUAUCACUGGAAUCAUUAAAAAAGAAAGGUGUCAUCAACCCCUCUGGCAGAGAAAGGAGUCUACCUUUGAAGAUUCUUGCCGAUGGCGAUUUGUCUGUCAAGCUGAAGAUAAAGGCUCGAUCUUUCUCAACAGCAGCAAGAGAGAAGCUCGUAUCUGCUGGCUGCAGCCUCACAGUGUUACCUGGCCGGAAGAAGUGGCUGAAACCAUCGGUAGUAAAGAACCUCGCUCGGGCUGAAGAGUAUUUUGCUAAGAAAAAAGGUUCCGCCAUUGCAGCAGAAGCAGCCACGAUUUCUAACUGAGGAUUAACAAUUUUCUAUGUUUGAUAUUUUUAUUUGUUUUUUUC